UUGAAACUGAAAGCUGCUCCGGCAGAGGCCCCCUCCCGUCCUGGGAGGCAGGCAGGGCUCACACCUACAAGGGAGGAGUUGGAGCAAGGAUCCAGAGUUUGCAGGGGUCUGAGGAAACCUAGGAGCUCAGGCUGCCCUUCAGCUGCUCCAACUCCUGCACUUGCUCUUCCCGGGAGGUCUUCUCACCUCUCUUCUCUCCCUCCUGAACAUUCUGGACUCGAUUCCAGUUUUCUAAGGCUUCUGACCAGGUUGCUCCAUUGUUCACCAACAUGGAAGAGGCAGCUGGAUCCCCUGAGGAUAAAGAAUUCACAUGCUUCUCCGAUGCUAUAGCCAUUAACAAAGACAGAGGUGAUUUAUCUGUGAAAGCUGUCAAGAAGAUCGAGACUUCUGUGGAAGCAGGGAAUUGGGUAGAUGUCAUCUCUGUAGUCAAGGAGAUCAAACAGGAAGCAUCAAGAAAAACAGUGAAAAUUGCUGUAACUGGGGACUCCGGCAAUGGCAUGUCAUCCUUCAUCAAUGCUCUUAGGGAGAUUGGACAUGAGGAAGAGGAUUCAGCUCCCACUGGGGUGGUGAUGACCACCCAGAAACCAGCCCUAUACUCCUCCUCCAAGUUUCCCAAUGUCAAUCUGUGGGACCUGCCUGGCACAGGGGUCACAUCCCUGAGCAUGGAGAACUACCUGGAGGAGAUGGACUUCAGCAAGUAUGACCUGAUCAUCAUCAUCGCUUCUGAGCAGUUCAGUUCGAAUCAUGUGAAGCUGGCCAAAGCCAUGCAGAGCAUGAGAAGGAGGUUCUAUGUCGUCUGGACAAAGCUGGACAGGGACCUCGACACAAGUGCCCUCCCAGAACCCCAGCUACGGGUGAACAUCCAAAAGAACAUCCAGGAAAACCUCCAGAAGGAGGGGGUGGAGGAGCCCCCCAUAUUCCUAGUAUCCAACUUUAGUCCUGAUUCUCUCGAUUUCACUAAGCUUAGAAAAACACUGACAGAAGACCUCCAUAGCAUCAGGUAUGAUGGUCUCUUCGCAACCCUUUUCCAAGUCUGUAAGGAGAUUAUUAGUAAGAAAAUGGAAUUCAUUAAAGGGAUCAUAAAGGAGAAUAAUUUAAAGGAUGGUUUAGGAAUUUCGGAUCCAAAUAAUCUGGAAGAGUGUCAGAAAGUCUUCCAAGAAAAAUUUGGUGUGGAUGAAAAAUCUCUCCACCAGGUGGCUCUGACUAUGAGUCAGCCUCAGGUUAUACAGGAUCACCAACAAGAUGGCUGGACACUGUCUGUGAUGAACCAUUUGCCCGUUCGAGCUGUUAACUUUGUCCUUUGCUGUUUUGACUCAACACACAGGCAACAGGAACGUGUACUUGAUGAAGCUGCUGAGAAAGCCAAGAAAAUUCUGAAUAAAAUCUUGAAGGACAUUCUCCCUCCUCAGGAAGGGCAGGCUAACCAAGGUUCUCUCCCCAGCUUUCUACCCGACAUGUACCCCCAGUUGAACUUAAAUGCCGAAUAGGUUUCAAGUUCCUUGAGGCUAAUAGGCUGACUUUUUUGUUUGUUUGUUUGUUUUUUGUUUUUCGAGACAGGGUUUC